AUCGAAGUCCAAUAUCCCAUCCUAUCCCAUCCUAUCCCAUCUUUCCUUAUGUCGUUGCUUGGUCAGCCGAUCUCCGAGUUAUUUAAUACGAGCGCUCUUUUGUGCUUGUGUGCAGUUUACUUCCUCAUCAAAUAUCGAACUCGAGCGAUCGGAACAGCCCCACGAAAAGACCCCAACUUUCAGGACGUAUCUGGCCUACCUUUGCUUGGAAUACUGCCACGUGCUGCCUAUCAUAGCAAAGAUGGUCUCGAAUGGGCAGCCACCCUAAGAAUCAAACACGGCCCUGGUUGGAGUUGUACUUUCCCUGGCUUACGACUCAUUGAUAUCAGCAAACCAGAGUGGAUAGAAUAUGUACAGAAAACAAACUUUUCAAAUUAUGUGAAAGGGCACAUGUUCCGGGACAUCAUGAGCGAUGUAUUCGGAGAAGGAAUUUUUGUGACGGACGGCGCACGGUGGAAAAGUACCAGACAAUGUACCUCACGAAUCUUCAACGUCAAUUCGUUCAAAAACAUUGUUAUGCCAUCACUUGAUGAAAGCUUACAAUCACUCAAUGCAAUGCUUCAACACAAAGCCAAUCGCCGACUAGAGGUCGACUUCUGCUCGAUCUUCUAUAAAUUUACCCUUGAGUCAUUUGUCAAAAUGACGUUUGGAAAAGAAUUGGACGUCUUAAAAGCAGAGAUGUAUCCAGAUAUGCAUCUAGAUAGCUCCGCGAUUGCAUUUGCAGAGGCUUUUGACGUAGCUCAAAACCAUCUCGAUUGGCGCUUCUCCAUCGUAGCUGGAUGGUCGAUUGUGGAAAAAAUCGUACCAUCUUUGGGCAAGCGGGUGGCGAAUGCUUGUAAGACGCUAGAUAAUUACACUUACAAGUUAAUCGAUGAAAGAGCAAACAAGGGAGAUAAGAAUGAUGACAGGCCUGAGGAUCUACUAGAGUUGUUCAUGAAGGCAGAGGACGAAAAGGGUACCCCUCUCGACCGAACGCAGCUAAAGGAUGCGUUGCUAAACAUGCUUAUAGCAGGACGCGAUACCACUGCUCAGGCUCUUUCAUGGGCCUUCUUUCAUUUAAUCAUGAAUCCUGGGAUGAUUGAUCGUGUGCGCGAAGAGAUAAGCGAAAUGGAUCGAGGUGCCGAAUCCGGGAUUGUGACAUACGACAACUACAGACAAUUUGUCUGGACCCAAGCUGUGUUGUGUGAGGCUUUGCGGCUACAUCCCAGUGUCCCCAAGAAUAUGAAGAUGGCUGUCAAGCAUGAUCAAAUACCAAAUGGUCCGGUGAUACAGCCCGGAGAUGCUGUUCGAUGGGGUGACUGGGCGAUGGGUCGAGAUCACGAUAUUUGGGGCCCAGACUGUGGUGAAUUCAAGCCCACGCGUUGGAUUGAUUCUGAGGGAAAACUUAAACAAUUCGGACCAUUCAAGUUUCACGCCUUCAAUGGUGGACCUCGGCUCUGCCUAGGUAUCAAUUUGGCUAUGCUUGAAGCGAUUUCCGUCAUAGUGGAAAUUGUACGAAACUUUGAUAUAGAAUUCUCCCCAGGCUGGCUCAAGAGCGUCCCCAAGAGCAAACCACUUCAGGGUGUCAAAUCAUCUUAUCCAACUCCUAGCUAUAAAUCAUCUUUGACGCUACCCAUGGCUCAACCCAUGUUGAUACGAGUCCAAAAGCGCAAAAAAGCAUGAUCAAUGCCAGCAUAUCCUCAAUAAUCCCCAUAUCUCCUGCUUCAUUUCAUGCAUUUGACUAGCACAUUCACUUGUAGUUCUUUGUAUGGCAACCUUGUAAUCUUACUGCGCAUGCUGUGGCUCAUUCUCAAAACCUUACACUGUCAAUGUUUGGAUCCAAUCUUUGUUUUGUCUGCUCCAACCCCCAUCAGUGUGUAAAUAAUGUUGAAAUAAUCAAGAUUACACUUGUC